CCUCAACUGAACUCUCAGAAUCUACAGACCCACCUUGCCCCCUCCUGCAUCCCAACUCUUCCUUUUGUUCAUACAAAUUGAGCCUCUUCACCUCCUACUGCUAUAUAAGCAAGCACUGCCCUGCUCGUCUCCUUCAUUCCCAUUGCUUUCAUGCCCUUGUUUUCUUGUGCUUGUGCUUCUCUCUAACGUUCCGUCAUUGCUCGUCUCGCCUUCCAUUCUCAGCAUUCAAAUGGAGACUAUUGAGCUCAAGGUGGAGAUGGUAGCAUUACAUGAAAAGAGAGUGAGGAAAUGCCUGUCCAAAGUAAAAGGGAUAGAGAAGGUUGAGGUGGAGGCCAGCAUUCAGAAAGUUGUGGUCACAGGAUAUGCACACAGGAACAAAAUCCUCAAAGCCCUGAGGAGAGUGGGGUUGAGAGCAGAGUUCUGGUCCCCGCAGAACGAGAUACUCAGUGCCUACGCCAGUGCAAGCCUAAUGAUCAACAACUUCAGCUUCUUCUAGAGAAUCUAACACCUCCUGCAGAUACCCUAUGAAUACCUUUGUUUUGUUUGUUCCUUUGUUUGUUUUGCAGUAUGAGCACGUAUCUACCAAUGUUCACUGUUACAUGAUCUCUGAGAAGGCAGAAUUUAAUGUUCUGCCGUCUUAGUACUACCCUCUUCCUUGUGCCAAAGCAUGUUUACUGCAACUCGAGUUUAUAAUAUGAGAAGAGAGAAGAUACAUAUACUAUUGCUAA